UUUGCCUCGUAGACAGACCCUGCAGCAUGAAAUCAUAUAAUCUAAAUAUAAACAGAAUAAGCCAACCAGUAACGAUCACUGUGGUUUGCUGGCUGUUGUGUUUUUAUUUGCCUCUACUAAACUGGAUUGAUUGAUUAUUAUUGAUUUGGUUGUCUGCAAACUAUUUACUUCAGCCUGGCUGUGCUAAAGUCUUAGUUAUGAAACUUAUUAGUAAAUAGUUCGCCUAAAUAACCUCCGCUUUUUCGUCAUCUCGUGCUCCUUCUGCGAUUUCUACUACCAUCACUCCUCCACCUCCAUCCCACCACAGCUCUCCUCGCCUUUCCUCCUGUUCUUCUAUCUGGCCUCAUUCUGUCUCGGAUUUGGCCCUGUAGGGAUAUUGGCUACAGCCUGUACAUGGCUGUGCACCAUGCACGAUGGGCUGCUGCUUAUCCUCCUCCUCUCGAGGAGAGUCUGACGAAUCCCCCACCCCCACAAGCCCUACGCAUCCCAUCCUCAAUCGCACGACCACCGACGAAGCUGCCCAGAGCCAUCACAAUCGUUCCACAACCUCGCGAUCGGGUCGACACCGACGAGCCCUAGCUGGCGUCCCUCUGGACGUGCACUAUAACCAGGCGGUACAGCCACAUAUAUGGCGAAGCACCCGCCGCGAAUGGACCCGGGAACAACUCGCCCGCGAACGUGAACUGUUUUUUGAAACGCGCGUGACUGGAAGGCCGGAAGUGUGGGCCGCGCUGAAAACAGCUACCUCGCUUGUGCGGGCGGGGGAUAUGCCCACCGCGCAGGGCAUCUUGGAUGCGGCAGGGAUUACCGUCCCGACAGGCGACCUGUGUGAUGGCUGCUACGACGAGAGCGGUGUUUUAUACAGGAUUCCAGAACCCAUUGCCAUGGACCCGGUUAAUGUUAUUGAGGAAGUUGCGGAGGCAAAUGAUGUUAAUACGAUAUGUGCUACGACUGCCGAGCUUGGCGCGGAGGGUGUUGAACAUAAUAAACUCGCUGUUGAUGUAGAUUCGGAUGAUGACACAGUGGAUGACAUUGAGAGGCGGCGCGAGGAGAAGGGGAAGGUUAGUGAACGGGACCUUAUAAAAAUAUCUGCGAGGUUAAGUGAUCGAGGAGGUCCCGAUUUGACGGUUAUGAUUGGGAAGAAUCAAACGGUGGGGACGUUGGCGCGUAGAAUCCAGACUGAGGCUGGGAUUGCCGGCAAACAUCGCGUCCGAAUAGCAUACCUCGGCAAGAUUCUCAAAGAACAAGAGAGCUUAUUAUCUCAGGGCUGGAGAGAAGGCCACGUCGUAAAUGCGCUGGUCGUUAUAAGCUCGCGAAGCUGACAUUUUUCUUCACCUUUUUCUUUCUUCCCGAGCGGAACUAUAUCAUCCAAUUUCCGCACACAACCUGCCCUCAUGGACCUCAAUCACUAUUACUCCCAACUUUGCGAACAAACACCAUAAUCCGUCUCCUCACCAUAUUUUCAAUGGUGCCUUUUUUUUUCUUUUUUCUUUUUUCUUUUUUCUUUUUUAACGAAAGUUUUCUAUGCUGUUCGCUUUUCCUAAUUUUUUCGUCUUAUCGCGAGGCAGGGGAACUGGAGUUAAUGUCUAGUGGGAGGAACAUCAUUUACUUGGGAAUUUUCUAGCCUUCUUCAUCGUCAUUUCUGAUCAAUCGUCUCUGUUUACUGGUGGGGUUGUUUCUGUCUUUCUCCUUUUUCGUCCUCCGGCCUCCUUUCAUUACGAGUUUCAAAUAUUAUUCCCUAUAUUCUGCGCAGCGUUUCUGAGUUUUUAUUCCGCUCCGACGGCAACGCAAGAACAAAUUUCGAUUGCCCAUGAUAUAUGCCAUCAGCUUUCCCCAUCGUUUACUUUCUUCCUCUUCCAAUUGCGAUAUGACCUAGUACUUUGCCAUAUUCGACAUAUAAUGCUUCUACCCCUGUUCCUUCCCAUCCCUUUUCUAAUCAAAGUUUGUUUGAUACUGCACAAUAAUAACCCCAUGCUUCAGCUAAAUGAUUUCUCCGGCCCUCCCUCUUUUUUUUAUUCUUUGUUGCUUUUUACCUUUGUUCUCUCUGAUCAGUAUAUAAAAUGCUUCACCAUGAUCCGGGUAAUUGUCGCACCCUUUUUUGGGGGCACAUAUGUCAAAUUUUUUCAAAUUCAUUUCUACUCCUCUACGCAUGUCUUUGCCCAAACUUGUACAGUCUGUUAUUGUCCGACCCUCGCAACAGGGCGUUCACUUUUGCCUCCCAAACCAUUCCCACAUACAUCAAUAAUAAUACGUACGAUUAAAAAAAACAUCUAAGCAUUCAUAACCUGUGAUAUAUAUCAUGGUGUGAAUAAUGAUACUUAAACUAUUGGGACUAG